CAAGCGGGGAGCUGGCCGCCACCGCCGAGCAGUCCUCCAGCAUCCGCGCGUCGGUUGGUUCGUCUGCAGGUCCGGCGGGUCCGACGGCCGAGCCCAUGCAGCCGCGCAGCGAGCGCCCGGCUGGCAGGACACAGAGUCCAGAGCACGGCAGCCCAGGGCCCGGGCCCGAGGCGCCGCCGCCGCCGCCUCCACCGCAGCCGCCGGCCCCUGAGGCAGAGCGAGCACGUCCCCGGCAGCCCUGGCCUGCGGCCCCUAUGGAGGGGGCAAUGCAGCUGCUGAGCCGCGAGGGCCACAGUGUGGCCCACAACUCCAAGCGGCACUAUCAUGAUGCAUUUGUGGCCAUGAGCCGCAUGAGGCAGCGUGGCCUUCUGUGUGACAUUGUCCUGCACGUGGCCACCAAGGAGAUCCGAGCGCACAAGGUUGUGCUGGCCUCCUGCAGCCCCUACUUCCAUGCCAUGUUCACGAAUGAGAUGAGCGAGAGCCGUCAGACGCAUGUGACGCUGCAUGACAUCGACCCACAGGCCCUGGACCAGCUGGUGCAGUUUGCGUACACGGCUGAAAUCGUGGUGGGCGAGGGCAACGUGCAGACUCUGCUCCCAGCCGCCAGUCUCCUGCAGCUGAACGGCGUCCGAGAUGCAUGCUGCAAGUUCCUGCUGAGUCAGCUUGACCCAUCCAACUGCCUGGGCAUCAGGGGCUUUGCCGACACACACUCCUGCAGCGACCUGCUAAAGGCUGCCCACAGGUACGUGCUGCAGCACUUCGUGGACGUGGCCAAGACUGAGGAGUUCAUGCUGCUGCCACUGAAGCAGGUGCUGGAGCUGGUCUCCAGCGACAGCCUGAACGUGCCCUCCGAGGAGGACGUCUACCGCGCUGUCCUGAGCUGGGUCAAGCACGACGUGGACGCACGGAGGCAGCACGUCCCUCGGCUGAUGAAGUGUGUGCGGCUGCCCUUGCUGAGCCGCGACUUCCUCCUGGGCCAUGUGGAUGCAGAGGGCCUGGUGCGGCAUCACCCGGACUGCAAGGAUCUGCUCAUUGAGGCCCUCAAGUUCCAUCUGCUGCCCGAACAGAGGGGCGUCCUGGGAACCAGCCGCACGCGGCCGCGCCGCUGUGAGGGCGCUGGCCCGGUGCUCUUUGCUGUGGGUGGUGGGAGCCUCUUUGCCAUCCAUGGAGACUGUGAAGCCUACGACACACGCACAGACCGCUGGCACGUGGUAGCUUCCAUGUCCACACGCCGGGCCCGGGUGGGCGUGGCAGCCAUCAGCAACCGGCUAUAUGCUGUGGGCGGCUACGACGGGACCUCGGACCUUGCCACCGUGGAAUCGUAUGACCCUGUCACCAAUACAUGGCAACCUGAGGUGUCAAUGGGCACAAGGCGCAGCUGCCUGGGUGUGGCCCCCCUGCACGGGUUGCUUUAUGCAACUGGCGGCUACGAUGGGGCCUCCUGCCUCAACAGUGCUGAGCGUUAUGAUCCCCUGACGGGAGCGUGGACAUCCAUUGCCGCCAUGAGCACCAGAAGACGCUAUGUGCGUGUGGCCACACUUGACGGGAGCCUGUAUGCCGUGGGCGGCUACGACAGCUCAUCACACCUGGCCACUGUGGAGAAAUACGAGCCCCAGGUGAACGCAUGGACACCUGUGGCCUCCAUGCUGAGCCGGCGCAGCUCAGCAGGUGUGGCUGUGCUAGAAGGCGCGCUCUACGUGGCCGGGGGCAAUGAUGGCACGAGCUGCCUCAACUCAGUGGAGAGGUUCAGCCCUAAGGCCAGCGCCUGGGAGAGCGUGGCACCCAUGAACAUUCGCAGGAGCACACAUGACCUGGUGGCAAUGGACGGCUGGUUGUACGCCGUGGGAGGCAAUGAUGGCAGCUCCAGCCUCAACUCCAUCGAGAAAUACAACCCGCGGACCAACAAGUGGGUGGCCGCGUCCUGCAUGUUCACGCGACGCAGCAGCGUGGGUGUGGCCGUGCUCGAGCUGCUCAACUUCCCCCCACCCUCCUCGCCCACUCUGUCAGUGUCCUCCACCAGCCUCUGACCUGCACAGCGCCGCAUGCCGGCGCCCAGAUGCCUUAAGCGCCCCCGGGCGGCCCCACCUGCUCCCCUCCUUGCCCACAUGAGUUGGGGCAGGGUCCCUGGCCACCCCACCAGGGAUGCUGGGUACCUCCAUCCAUGUUUCUCGUGUUGGUGUCUGUCUGUGUGCAUCCUUGUUUAUUUAUUUAGUUAAUCGUUUAUCUGUUCACUUAUUUAUUGCCCGGCAAGCACCGCCGCAGCUAUCAGUUUGUCCCUUUACUCUCGAAGUGUUUGGGACCCCACGUCUCUGGGACCAAGCUGCCCUUCCGGGAGUCCUCCUGCCCACUCCUGGCCUUAGGGGCAUCAGUGAUGGGGAAGGAGACCCGCCCUGCCCCAGGGUCUCAGACCUAGAGGCACAGACCGAGAGCUGGGCUGUGGAAGCCGGGGGCCAUGGAGUCCGGCUCUUCUGAGCAGGUGCGGGCCUCACCUCCCCACUGAGCGCCUCCUCCCAGUGUCCACGUCUGUCUUCCUGGGCUCGCACUGAGCGGGGCCAUGUGCACGCCUCCGUGCUCCGUGUGCACAGACCCACCGUAGCAAUACGCGCCAACUCAGUUAAUAAACAUGUCUCUUGGACUCCU